AGGCUCCAGCUGUGGGGGCUGCCAGCGAGGGCCAGACUGGGAGAGUCAAGAUGGGCCAAAGGGCCGUUCGUUGGUCUGGAGCUCGCCCCAGCAGUGCAGAGUUUGGGGGCUUGAGGUUGUGGGGUGGAGACCCUGCCAAGGCUGGUCAUGAGCAUGGAGACAGCUGUGAGCCUCCGGAGAGAGAUGACUGUGGGGGGUUCUGCGACUCUUUUGUGGUCCUGACUGCAAAGGGGGAGAGCCCCCCAAACAUAGGGACCCAGCAGCCCCGUGCAGUGCGCCCAGAGGCUUGGGAAUUGGGGGUGGGAGAGCCAGCAGAGCUGAAGGGAAGAAGGGGCGAGGGGGUCCGAGCAGGGGGGGUAAGCAGCAGCCGGAGCUUUGGGGGCAUCUCGAGCCACGAUGGGCCCAAGCGGGACCCGGUUAGAGGGGCCGCAGUGUGGGUCCAUAAGGAAUGGUGCAGGGGACCGGUGGAGGCUUCAGGUCAGGUCUGGGUCCCUCGCAAGCCAGGUAGGGCCUCCCAGGGAGUGGGGCUCACCUGGUCCCAGGGCGGAGCAGGUCACCCAAGGAGAACAGGCGGUUGGGAAGCAGAAUCUCGAGGGGUGGGUAGCAACUCAGACCUCAGCCAGGUCUGGAUCCCUAGGGAGAAGCCAGCUGGUGCUGGAGGAGGACCUGGGGAUGUCUGGGUGCACAAGGUGCGGAACCCCUCUGGGGCCGGGAUCAUGUGGGUGUGGGCCAAGGUGACCAAUUGUAACGAAGAGGAGGUGGAGGAAGCCAGGGUGUGGACCUUUCGCAAAGACAGCCCUAGAAAAGGCGGGCAAGGAGAGGGAGGUUACGGGGUGUCUUAAAAGGGGGUGUAU